GCCAUGAGAUGAACCGAACGUGUAAGGAGAGAGUGAAAGAUUUGCGCUCUAAUAAUAUCCUCCACUGACAGAUUAGAGAUACAGAGACGCUGUGGGUUAAAUAAGAGGGCACAUCUCUAUUCUGUUAUCAAUAAUCCGUUUGAGGACAACACGAUACAAACCCACAUUGUAAGUUGCCAAGAUGCCUGAACAAGGGCAAGAGAGGAAGUCCAAGAUCUCAGCCUCAAGAAAGCUUAUGCUAAAGAGUUUGAUGGUGGCCAAGGCCAAAGAGGAGCUGGAUCAGGAGAUGUUGGAUAAAGAGGAGGAGAAGCAGAGGUAUCUGCUGGAGAAAAUUCCUCCUCUGCAGACACAGGGCAUGUCAUUCGCUGAGCUUCAGGAACUCUGUCAAGAGCUUCAUGCUAAGAUUGAUGUGGUGGAUGAGGAGCGCUAUGAUAUUGAAGCCAAAGUCUUACUGAAUAAGCGUGAGGUCAAAGACCUGAACAUUAAAGUUCUGGACCUGAGGGGGAAGUUCAAGCGGCCCACCCUGAGGAGGGUGAGGGUUUCAGCAGACGCCAUCCUCCGAUCUCUCCUAGGCUCAAAGCACAAAGUCUCAAUGGACCUACGAGCCAACCUCAAAUCUGUAAAGAAAGAGGAUACUGAGAAGGUAUGA